UAGUAUUUGAAUGAGAGAGACGCGGGUUUUCAAAUCAAAACUGUCAAGAGAUUUGGUUGUCAAUUUUUGAAAGCAAUAAGAAGUACUGUUACGUCGAGUUGAUCAAUGGAGAGCUAUUUGCAAGAAAACUUUGAUGUUAGAUCAAAACAUUCGUCCACCGAGGUGUUGGAGAGAUGGAGAAAUCUCUGCGGAGUUGUCAAAAAUCCCAAACGAAGGUUUCGAUUCACUGCCAACCUCUCCAAACGUCACGAGGCUGAUGCUAUGCGCAAAACCAAUCAGGAGAAGUUGCGGAUUGCUGUUCUGGUUUCCAAAGCUGCAAUUCAAUUUCUUAUGGGCGUGUCACCAAGUGACUACACCGUACCUGAGGAAGUCAAAGCUGCAGGCUUUCAAGUUUGUGCUGAUGAGUUAGGGUCUAUCGUUGAAGGCCAUGAUGUAAAGAAACUGAAAUUUCAUAAUGGGGUCUCUGGUAUUGCAGAAAAACUGUCCACAUCAAUAACUGAUGGACUCACUACCGAUAAUGAUCUGUUCAACCGCAGACAAGAGAUAUAUGGAAUCAAUAGAUUUGCUGAGAGCGAACCUCGGGGUUUCUGGGUAUUUGUCUGGGAAGCUCUUCAGGAUAUGACACUAAUGAUACUUGGGGUGUGUGCUUUUGUGUCUUUAAUAGUUGGGUUAGCAAUGGAAGGAUGGCCUAAAGGGGCCCAUGAUGGCCUUGGAAUUGUUGCAAGUAUCUUGUUGGUUGUCUUUGUUACAGCAACAAGUGAUUACCGCCAAUCUCUACAGUUCAGGGAUCUAGACAAGGAGAAAAAGAAGAUAAUAAUUCAUGCAACAAGAAAUGGAUUUAGACAGAAAUUGUCUAUCUAUGAUUUACUUCCUGGUGAUAUUGUACAUCUGGGGAUUGGAGACCAGGUCCCUGCGGAUGGACUUUUUGUUUCAGGAUUUUCUGUCUCGAUUGAUGAAUCAAGUUUAACUGGGGAGAGUGAACCAGUAAUGGUGAAUGCAGAAAAUCCUUUUAUGCUAUCUGGAACUAAGAUUCAAGAUGGCUCAUGCAAGAUGAUGGUCGCCACUGUUGGGAUGAGAACCCAAUGGGGUAAACUGAUGGCAACUCUUAGUGAAGGGGGAGAUGAUGAAACUCCAUUGCAGGUGAAAUUGAAUGGAGUUGCGACUAUUAUUGGCAAGGCAGGCCUUUUCUUUGCCGUAGUGACAUUCGCAGUUUUGGUGCAAGGACUAUUUAGUCAUAAACUGCAAGAGGGGACCAUCUGGAGUUGGUCUGGGGAUGAAGCUUUGAAAAUGUUAGAAUUCUUUGCUGUUGCUGUUACAAUUGUCGUUGUUGCAGUUCCAGAGGGGCUUCCUUUAGCUGUGACAUUGAGUCUUGCCUUUGCAAUGAAGAAGAUGAUGAAUGACAAAGCACUUGUUCGUCAUCUGGCGGCUUGUGAGACAAUGGGGUCAGCUACGUGUAUUUGUAGUGACAAAACAGGCACACUAACUACUAAUCACAUGACUGUCGUGAAAACGUGCAUCUGCAUGAAUGUCAAGGAAAUAAGUAAUACUGAUGGGGCUUCUAGCUUGCGCUCAGAACUCCCUGAAUCUGCAGCGAAACUUGUGCUACAAUCAAUAUUUAGUAACACUGGGGGUGAAGUAGUCGUUAACAAAGAUGGGAAACGUGAGAUAUUAGGAUCACCCACUGAGACUGCUAUAUUGGAGUUGGGCUUGUCGCUUGGUGGAGAUUUCCAGGGAGUACGACAAGCAUCAAAGCUUGUUAAAGUUGAGCCGUUCAACUCUACAAAGAAACGGAUGGGAGUAGUGGUGGAGCUCCCUGAAGGAGGCUUACGAGCCCACUGUAAAGGUGCUUCAGAAAUAGUCUUGGCUUCCUGUGACAAAGUAAUCAAUUCAAAUGGUGAAGUUGUUACCCUUGAUGAAGCGGCCAUUAACUAUCUCAAAGCUACAAUUGAUCAGUUUGCUAAUGAGGCUCUUCGAACUCUCUGUCUUGCCUACAUGGAACUGGAGAAUGGAUUGUUACCAGAUAAUCCUAUUCCAGUUUCCGGGUAUACUUGUAUUGGAAUUGUGGGUAUUAAGGAUCCUGUUCGUCCUGGUGUCAAGGAGUCUGUUGCAGUUUGUCGUUCAGCUGGUAUCACUGUUAGAAUGGUUACUGGAGACAACAUAAACACUGCAAAGGCUAUAGCUAGGGAAUGCGGGAUUCUUACUGAUGAUGGUAUAGCCAUUGAAGGUCCUGAUUUCAGAGAGAAGAAUUUGGAGGAAUUGAUUGAAUUAAUUCCCAAAAUUCAGGUGAUAGCUCGAUCUUCACCUCUAGACAAGCAUACAUUGGUAAAGCACUUGCUGACUACAUUAGAUGAAGUGGUGGCAGUGACUGGUGAUGGAACGAAUGAUGCCCCAGCACUUCAUGAAGCAGAUAUUGGACUAGCGAUGGGCAUUGCUGGAACUGAGGUGGCUAAGGAGAGUGCUGAUGUAAUUAUUCUGGAUGAUAAUUUCUCUACAAUUGCAACAGUGGCCAAAUGGGGACGUUCAGUUUACAUAAACAUUCAAAAAUUUGUGCAGUUCCAGUUGACGGUUAAUGUUGUUGCACUAGUUGUUAAUUUUUCUUCUGCUUGCUUGACAGGGAGUGCUCCCCUCACAGCUGUUCAGCUAUUGUGGGUCAACAUGAUCAUGGAUACACUGGGAGCACUUGCACUUGCAACAGAACCUCCAACUAAUGAAUUAAUGAAGCGUUCACCAGUUGGGAGGAGAGGAAAUUUUAUCAGUAAUGUCAUGUGGAGGAAUAUCUUAGGGCAGUCAAUUUAUCAGUUCACUGUGAUAUGGCUGCUUCAGGCAAGGGGAAAAGCAAUAUUUUCUCUUGAUGGCCCAGAUUCUAAUAUAGUCUUGAACACGCUUAUAUUCAAUGCAUUUGUCUUUUGCCAGGUUUUCAAUGAGAUAAGCUCGCGUGAGAUGGAGGAAAUUAAUGUUUUCAAAGGCAUACUGGAUAACUAUGUUUUUGUGGCCGUCCUCGGCAUCACUGUUAUCUUCCAAAUCAUAAUUGUUGAGUUCCUAGGCACUUUUGCCAAUACAACACCUCUCACUUUCUCACAGUGGUUUGUCUGCCUAUUCAUCGGAUUCUUAGGCAUGCCGAUUGCAGCUGGCUUAAAGAAGAUCCCUGUGUGAACCUCAAAUCACAGUAAGAGGCCUGUGUUUCUUAACCUAUCAAAGAAAAUCCCUCUUCUCAAAAAUGGCAGAUUAAUUGUGUAUUAAUUUACCAGUAGAUUUUCUUCUGAUUUCAUGUCUGUAAUUGAUCAAGUGCAUGUAAAUCUGGAACAUCAUAAAUUGUUUGUGGGAUCUCUUUUUUUUUUUUCAUUAUUAUUUUAUUUACUUAGCACUGAACUGAACGUAGUAUCUCACUGACAAGAUAAAGAUGCCUCUAAUAUUUUUUCAGCAUCUUCUAGUUCAAUUUUGUAGCAAAUGAAUUCUCUCCUUGAUUAAAUGUAACUAUUUCCUUCUAGUGGUGAUUUUCCCCCUUCUUAAA